GUACACAAUGCACAUCACUUUUACAGUAUUACUAUUCAAUCAAGUAUUCUCUACGACUCUACUUCUCUAGUUCUCAACUCAAUCAUCACUAUAGAGUAUAGGUGUAGCUACGGACUCACGACAAGUUUCAAAUGCUAUUUGAAUACAAUUCUAAGUUUUUUACACCUAAGUUUAGAUCUGAUUGAUUAUAAUUUCCACUAUAUUGAGGAUAAUUAUUAUAACUUAUAAGAGUACAUUACUAUAAGAUAUUAUCAGAUUAUUAUUUACCUAUUUAAUUACAGACUACAGUGUAACAGAACAUUAUUAUUUAUUGUCACUACUGUGCAAUUAUUUUCAUUCAGUAUCAUACAUUAUAUUUUGUAUAAAUAUAAUUUUUAAAUAAUUAUUUAUUAAUAUGGAUUCAUUAAUAAAAAGUGUUGGUGAGAAUGAUUAUCAACCCGAAAAAUAUGUCAAAGAAUUAUCUCAGAGAUGUAUGGGUCCUGAAGAAUUAUUACAACAGAAAACUAACGUACAAUCUUUGGGUGAGCAAAUUAACACGAUGCUCAAGAAAAAUGUGUUCUACAAUUAUAUUCAGUUUAUUGAUACCGCCAAAGAAAUAGCUAAUUUAGAGGGUGAAAUGUAUCAAUUGUCACAUUUGCUAACUGAACAAGCAUCAUUACUUAAUUCAUUGGCUAGUUCUUCAAUUGUUAGUGAACAAAUUUCUAACUCUGGAAAAGAAGUGAAUGGUGUUCAAAAUGCUGAAGUAGAUAAUGUAAUUGAAGAAAAAAGAGUUCAAAAAUUGUUAAAUAUUAUGGAAAGAGUAGAAAAUUGCAAUAAUUUAGUUGAUGUUCCUGAUCGUAAGUGUUUGCAUGAAGGAGAUUUAUUAGAAUUGGAUCCUAUUGAAAAUACACCAGUCCAAAGAAUUCAUUGUUAUCUAUUUACUGAUAUUUGUAUUGUUACCAGUUGGUUGUCUAGCAGACGAGGACCAGCUAGAUAUAGAUUUCAGUCAAUGUAUGAUUUAUGUAAUCUUGCUGUUGUAAAUAUUAAAGAUAUUAAAAAUUCGUUUAAAUUGCUUGCUUUUCCGGAAACAAGAGUUUUUCAAGCACCAAAUACUGGUCUUAAGAAUGAUUGGUUAUCAAAAUUUGAAGUCGCCAAAAAGUCUCAAAUCUCAGUUGAAAACAAAAUGAAAACUACUGUUGAUCAUAAAAUGAUCCAAAGAGCAGAUUCUAUUCUACUAGUUCAUAACUCAUUUGAACCUGAAACACCAGAACUAGAAUUACCAGAAUGGAUUGUUGAUUUAGCAGAUGAUUUAGAUGUAUUAAUUGCUCAAAGACAUUUUGAAGAUGCAAAUUCUUUAAUCAGUAAAGCCAAACAAUACUUAGAAGAACACGGUGAUAAUAUUUCAACAUCAAUUGAACAAGAAAUAAAAACCAAAUUAGAAAAUCGUAUUCAAGCAUUGACAUUAGUUUUAACUAAAGAACUUCAAGUUUCUCCAGAUAAGUCACAUAAAGGUGGAUUACGAGCAGCUCGAAGAGCAGUUAGAAUAUUAAAUCAAUUGGAUAAAUCUUCACAAGCAUGUGAUUUGUUUUUGAAAGUUUGUUCAAAUUUAUUGAAAUCUCAGUUACAGUAUGUAAAACGUGAUGGUGCUAUGUCCUCAUUUGUUAAAAAAUAUUCAAUGGUGUUUUUUGGUACUACAAUAGAAAUUACUCAUGAAUUCUUAUACAAAGCUUUCCCAAAUAGCUCAGCUUGUGCUUCAGCUUUUAUUUUGUGGACUAUUCAAGAAGUCAAUGACUUUAUGAUAAUUUUAAACAAACAUAUGUUUGUUCCUCAAACAUCACUGUCUAACUUAUCUGAGUGUAUAAAAGUGAUACACAAGAAUUGCCAAGAGUUAUGUGAUUAUGGAAUAGAUUUACAAUUUCAAAUUGAUGGACAACUUAGAAUUCCACUUACUAAAUCAAUAAAUGAUAUUAAGGAAAAGACUAUUGAAGUAAUUAAAAUGAGAUUUUCUGAGGAUAAAUGGAAACCAUUCAAUCUAAAAACUAAACAACAGAGAGAUAAAAUAAUUGAAGAAUAUACAAAUUAUGGUUUCUCAAACAUUGAAUCUUACAACAAAGGUGAUUCGUGGAUAAUGUUAACUCAAAACACAAUAACAUUCACACGCACUUACUUAUUACUACUAAAUGAUUGUUUAGUGUUAUAUUCAACUGAUUUGGCAAAUGUUAUAGAUCAACUACUCUAUGAAGUUUUUGCAGCUCAUUGUAAUUAUAUAAAGAGCUCUAUGAAAAAUAAAAACUUUGUCAAUGAUAUAAAUAUUAUUACAACAAAUGCCAGAUUUAUCCUAGACAUAUUUUUAUCUCAUUGUUUUAAAUUAUAUUCGGCAUCUACUGGUAAUGCAAACCCACAAAUUCAUACUCGUUUAAAAUCAGAAUUUGGUAUAAUUCCUACUCAAAAUAUAACUGGUUAUAUCUAAAAUUUUAUAUAUUUUGUUUUAAUAAAAUAGUAAUAUUGUUUCUAAUGUUUUAAUAUUUACCUGUAUUAUAUUUUCAUAAUAUAAUUAUAAUAAUUAAUUAUUAAUAUUAAUUAUUAUUUACAUAUUAUGUAUUAUUUUAUUUUUAUGUUCAGCAGUUUUAAUUGUAUUUAAUAUUAUUAUUUAUAUACCCUUUUACUUAAAUGUAUUUAUUUAUUAAAAUAAUAAUUUACUGACUGUUUUAAUAUUUUAUGAUAAAAUGUAAAUUGUUAUUUAUUUUUAUAUUAUUAAUUUAUGAAAAAAAGCUACCAAUUUAAAUAAUAAAUAAUACUUAUUUAAUAAAUAGUAGUAUAGGGUUAUUUAUAAAGAUGAUCUAAAGUAUUUUGAACACCUAAUUUAUCAAUGUAACUAGCAAAGUCCACGUUAAUGAAUUAAUUUUGUACUUCAAAAAUAAAAAAAACUGAAUAUACUUGUAAAAAGUUCAAUAUCCACAAGAAGAAACACAUAAUACAUAAAGAAAAUGUUAAUCUAAAGGAUUUUAAGAAAUCUGUAGGUACCGAAUUGAUGAUGGACAUACUAUACAUUUUUCAAUAAGCAAAAUUGUUAUUACUUAAUUUAUAUUGUUGGCUAUUUACAUAGUUAUAUGUUAAUCUAUAAGUUUCUAGAUAGAAUCCAAACAAGUGUAACAACUAUAAAGUAAAUAUAUUUUUCUUCCUGGUGAAUUUU